UGAACCACCUCGUAGUGCUUUACUUAAUACAUUAUAUACAAUAUUAUUGACAACUCAUGUUUUAAUUGAUUUGUUGUUAAUUAUAAUAAAAUUUAAUUGUUUAAUAAAUUGAUAAAAUGAUGCGUUUAGUUGUGAUCGACAAAUGGGAAGACAAUGGUAUAGACAAUGGUAUAGACAAUGGUAUAGUCAAUGGAUGCGCUCCCGUACUCUCACAUCAACAUAACUUUUUGACAAAGUUGGACAACAUUUGCCAAACAAAUCAACAAAUUCAGACAUCAAGUGAUAAGAGGGAUGACUGCGAGGACACAACUAAUAAUGAGAUAACUCUUACUAAAGACUACCAAUUGAUGGAUCACUUCAAUGACUUAUAUGAGUUUGACAAUUGGUUUGAAAGUAUUGAAAGUCAAGUGAUUAAUGAAAGUGAUUCACGAUUUAAAAAACUAUUGAAUUAUUACUAUGAAUGCUGUGAACUGUUAGAUGAGGUGAAGACAAGUUUAUCACAUUUGGAUCAAUUGCGUCAACAAUAUCUCUCGGUGUCCAAUAAGACGAAAUCAUUGCAUACAUCGUGUGAACAACUUUUACAACAACAGCACGGCCUCAUAGUAGCGGUUGAAACAAUUAACCAAAAAUUGACUUAUUUUGAUGAAUUGGCAGUCAUUUCCAAAAAAUUGUCUGCACCGACAAUGCUUGUCCUCAACGAGUCAUUGAUGCCAAUGUUGUCACGUCUGGAUGAAUGCAUUUUAUAUUUGGAGACAAAGACAAAUUACAGAGAGUCCGAGUCAUAUCUGAAGCAAUUUCAACACUUGCAGUCACAGGCUUUGUUGACUAUCAAGAGUCAUGUCAUCAAAACACUGGAACAGACGGCUCAACAAGUAAUGCCCGAAACAAAAGACUCGUUGACACCAAACGACAGUGUCUUCACAUUAUUUUACGGCAAAUUUCAAACCAAUGCUCACAGAAUUAAGACUUUAAUGCAACAAAUUGAAGAGCGGACGCAAUUAAAAUUAUAUCAGCAAUAUUUGUCUGAAUGUCAUCAAUGUUAUUUUAAUGUGAGAGAGUCGCUAAUUGGUCCAGUAUUGUCACUUGCUAUCGAUGAAAUGGUUACUUCAUAUAAUCGCAAUUAUUGUUCACUUAUAAAGAGUUCAUCAAAUAUGUUGAUCCAUAUUUGUCAGGACGAAUACCAACUAUUCUUUCAAUUUUUUACGAAAAAUACUAAUCUUUUAGAUGAAUUUUUAACAAAGAAUUGUCAAAUGCUUUACAAUAUAUUAAGACCAGUAGUCAUCCAUUUGGAGCAUUUAGAGUCACUUUCAGAGAUUUGUUAUAUUUUAAAGAAUGAAAUGAUUAGCGAGAAUAUUAUGAACCAUUCACAAGAAUUGAGUCCUUUUAUCCGUUCAAUGGAACGAUUGCUUGAAGACACACAAGAAAGACUUGUUUACAGAUGCAAUAUAUACAUUGAAUCAAAUAUCAUCGGUUAUACCCCCGGUUCGGGAGAUUUAGCUUAUCCUGAAAAACUAGAAAUGAUGAAAAAUAUUGCACUAAAUUUAGUCGAAAAAAUCGAUAAUCAAGACUCAAACGAAGAGAAUAGUGAUUGCAGAAGAAAUCGAUCAGAUUCUGUCUCUUCAUGUCUUUCAGACAUAUCUUUUGCUACAAACGAAAGGACUUACGCGAGGACUAAGAAAGAUAUUAAUAAAUCACCGGCAGAUUUGCACGGCAUGUGGUACCCAACAGUCCGUCGAACUCUUCUAUGUUUGACUAAACUUUAUCAUUCAUUAGAUAGACAAACAUUUCAAGGCCUUUCACAAGAAGUAUUGGCUGCUUGUAUUGAAUCACUUGAAUUAGCUCACAAUCAAAUCACCAAAAGAAAGACUUUAUUGGAUGGCUUAAUGUUUUUUAUAAAACAUUUACUGAUAAUUCGUGAACAGAUCUCUCCCUUUCAUAUAGAGAUCACACUAAAAGAAGUGUCACUUGAUUUUAGUCGAACUAAAAACGCCGCUUUUGAUUUAAUUCAAAAGAGACAAAAUUUAUUCACUUUGACUACAAAUAAUGCAUUAUUAAAGUUUUUAUUUGAGGGCGCUCCUCAGGUAACUGAAAAGGUUGUCGACUCACAAAAAGCUGUCGACAAUAAAAUAAAGAUGAAAUGUGAAGAAUUCAUAUCACACGCCACACUACUAUUGAUAUCAUCUCUCAUUAAAUUAAUUGAUUUGUCAACAGUUCUCCUUAAAGCAAAUCAACUUAAAACUCAUCAGACAUUUAGUAGUGCAGAAAAUCUUAAGGUUGUAAUAAAUGAAGUGAUGAAUGAGUACAAUCAAAAUCUGGCAAUUGUUGAAUCAAAAAUGGCUUUAUAUUUAGCUAAUAAAGAUACUCAGGCUAUCCUUUUUCGACCAACAAAAGUGAAAAUUCAACACUAUUUCAAUCAAUUAAUUAAAUUAAUUGAAAGUAAUUAUACGGAAUUGGAAAGACAAACGAUAGGAUUGUCCCAAUUGGUUGAAGUGAUUACAAAUUUAAAAUAA